CACACGAAGAAGAAAACCGAAUAGUCAUGGCGGCUGACAGUUUGUGAUGAGCCGACGAAAAAACAGUGAAGAGUCUUUCAAGUUGGAUUCAAUUGGUUUAAACCAGUCAAGUGGGUGAAGCUCGGCCGACAACAUGCUGAUAACUCUGAAAACGUUACAGCAGCAGACCUUUAAAAUUGACAUCGAUGAGGAGGAGACGGUGAAAACGUUAAAAGAGAAGAUUGAAGAGGAGAAGGGGAAGGAAAUUUUUUCUGUUGCAGGACAGAAGCUGAUCUAUGCUGGUAAAAUCUUAAGCGAUGACACGCCUCUCAAAGAAUACAACAUUGAUGAGAAGAACUUUGUGGUGGUCAUGGUGACAAAGGUCAAAACGGCCUCAGCCACCACACAAACUUCAUCGCCUUCUUCAGCUUCCAGCACCACAGCUCCUGCAGCCUCGUCCAGUUCAGAGAAGCUGGCAGAGCCGGUGUCCACUGACAACAAGCCAGAGGCCAAACCAGAGGAAAAACCUGCUCUGACUGCUGAACCAUCCUCCACCACUAGUGGCAGUAGCGGAAGCUCUGAGACUUCAACAAGCUCAAACCUGAUCACUGAAGCUGUUUCAACUCUUGUGACAGGUUCAUCAUAUGAUGCAAUGGUGAAUGAGAUGAUGCUCCUGGGCUAUGGGAGAGAAGAAGUGGUGGCAGCUCUGAGAGUGAGCUUCAACAACCCAGACAGAGCUAUGGAAUACCUGCUUUCUGGUAUGCCAACCAGAGAUCAGGGUCCUGCAGCAGGACCUGACGCCACAACGCCUCCAGCGAGUGGCGCUCCAGCUGCUCCUUCUGGAGUUGUUGGCACUCCUGCCAACACUGGAUCUUCACCAACUGCUACAGCAGGAGCCAAUCCCUUGAGCUUCCUAAGAAGUCAGCCUCAGUUCCAGGUGAUGCGGCAGCUGAUUCAGCAGAACCCUGCUCUGCUACCAACGUUGUUGCAGGAGAUCGGCAGGGAGAACCCAGAACUGCUGCAGGAGAUCAGCAGCCACCAAGAACAGUUCAUCCAGAUGCUGAAUGAGCCCAAUCCAGACCCAGUGCCAGCAGGUGGCGGAGGGGUAGCUGGAGGGAUGGGAGGUGGAACACCUGGCGGGGGUCAGACGAGCUAUAUUCAGGUCACACCACAGGAAAAAGAAGCUAUUGAGAGGCUAAAAGCCUUGGGGUUUCCAGAAGGACUCGUCAUCCAAGCCUACUUUGCUUGCGACAAGAACGAGAACUUGGCUGCCAACUUCCUUUUACAACAGAACUUUGACGACGACUAAAGGAGCUGAUUUGUGUUUUCACCUUUCUUCCUCCACUGUUCAGUUGCUAAUGUUCAGUAUAUAUGCAAGCAAGCAAGCCUUUUCCAAAGUGUAUUUUAUUCACCAGUUCCAAAUCAAAGUUUCAUGAUAACACUGGAUAAUUCUCAAUUGGCGGCUGUUGUACAAGGACAAGCUGUUGUUAACAGGUUAAAAUGGAGUAAUUAAAAUCCUAUGCUUUUGCAUCA